AGAAAUCAACGUCUUACAAUAAUACUAUAAUAGUUAUAAACAACGAGGUAUAAAACCAGUACCAACACUGCAGAAUUUAGUAUACACUUGUGGUUAGGGUCUAUUUUGGAGUAUUCCGAUUUCGUUAUCCAGCAAGUAUCAUGAAAAUAGUAGCUUAUCUCUCGAUAUUAGUUAUGCUGGUUUGUACUCAGCAAGUAUUAGGAAAGCCGGACGAAGAUUGUGUAAAAGAAUGCAAGAAUAAUUUUUCAAAAGGAUGCGCUGAAAAAAUUCCUGGAUGCAUAAAAACUUGCGCUCAUUGGACAACGGUUUUUGUUGCCUGUCCAGGUAACGGAAAAUCAAUAUGGGACGCUUGGAAAGAUAAUGUUGGAGUUAGUUUUGACUCAUCUGGUGUAUAUUUGGAUGCUGACACGUGUAAGACAUCGCAUCAGUCAGAUCCUAAUAUCAAUAAAUGGCAGUCAGGUAGCAUAGACCAGGUCCGACUGAGAUUAUGGAAGAAGGAUAGUAUAGUUGUUGAAAUGACCUUUAACGGGACAAACACUGACAAAUUCAAUUGGUUUGCACCGAGCAGGUUGUUGGCGAGUACAUAUCAGGACAUGAUGGACGUGAACGCUAAUUUUUCCUUUUUUAAGGCUAAAGGCUAUGCGGGAACUAAUAUCAACAGACGGUUUUACAUAAAUAAGAGUAACUAUAAAGGCUGUGCUGCUGAUGCUGGUUGGAUGUUUGUUAAAGAUGUUGGUACCUCCCAUUGUUUGUAUGAUAAAUAUAAGAAGUAUCCUUACUUUCUAUAUGCCACGAAUAACCACAGUGGUGUUUGGCAAACAAAUGGCGAUUACGACAUGGCUGACAUGAUGUCAAUUGAAGUACAUUUCCACAAGUAGACUUGAACAAGAAGU